AUGCGCGCGACAACUGCAACCUCGCCAGGCCUGACCCUCGCGGCGCUACUUUUGCUCCAGUCUACCACUACAGCGCAACUACUCGGCUGCGAUGCCGUCAACUGCCCAGUGGACGCGUAUCGAACCGUGCAAUGCUCAGUUGGAAACGCAACCUUGAAAGCUAUCGGCAUCGCAAACCUUAAAACGUCCCUCGGCACCCAGCCACUCACCUGGACACUCGGUCUGCAGGAGCUCGACACCAACAGUACACAACCCUCCUUCGACCGCAACUACUAUCUCGGCACCCCUCCGUCUUUCCAGCUUAACGACACAGGCUGCGCGCUCUUUUUCGAGGGCAUAGCGCCAAAGGUCGCCGCACCAAACGACCACCUCGAGGACUUCACCUGCUCAAACUCACUGCCUGAGGCCUGCAUCAAGGACUUAAUGGCCCAGGCCCAGUUCGCCUACAAGUCUCGAAACGCAAAAGACCCGUUGUUCUGCACCCAGCUCCGCGACGCGCUCGCUAACACCGCUCCGGCGACUUGCUCCGCUGCGAAGAGCGGCUGGGGCGCUAUCACUGCUCGCGGACUAACAACCGCAGCUCUCACCGGCAGCUCCGCACCAGCGCCCAUAGAAGACCCGAAGUGCCACCCAACAACCGGCGACGACUACGCGCUACGCCUCGUGUCCAGCAGCCGCCAGACACCCCAGAGUCGGGAGUCCGAGCACCUGGAUCCGAUUGUCAACGCAGUGACGCCGGUGAUGACGCUCUUUGCGAAGGAGGGGGAGGCGGAGGUCGGCUUGACGUGUUUGAAACUCGUGGAGGGCAGGAAGGGGCAGACGGUGGAUGAGCCGCAGUUGCAGGGGGCGGGUGCUGCGCUUAUUUCAGGGCCUUUGGUGUAUUUCAGUAUGUUUGCUUUUACUUAUUUGUGGUUCAUCCUGUUAUAG